AUGAAAAAUCAUUACAUUCCAAAAAGUUCAGAAAGAUAUGGCAAACUCGUUUUACCCAUACGUCAUUCACUUCCCGUUGGACUAUUCUCUAGUUAGAAUUCUCUAUUCGCUUCCAUUAUCUCUGUAAAGAACAGGGAGGAAAACAGUAAAAGCCAAAAAAAGAAGAAUUCAUAAACACAUUUCGAAGCAUCAACCCAAAGAGCGGUAACACCAAAUAGUUAAAACAAAUGCAUACCAUUUACAACAAAGUAUCAUCUAAGUAGUCAACCACAAAAACAAAAAAAGAAAUCUAAUUUAAUAAAUAAGGAAUCAAUUUAAUCCAAGAUUUCGAAUCUUAUCUGUUAAAAUAAAAGCGCAGAUUUUAAUAAUAUGAGUUCUUAAUGCAGGGAUGGAGAUGAAUAAGAAAUAACUAAAAUUUUUAAUAAUCUCAAAUGUAUUAGUCAACAGAUUAAUGCAAUUAAGGCUAAUUAAUUAUCACAAUAGAUUUUAUCACAAUGGUAAAAAGUAAUGACAUCCAAUUGUGAAAAACUAGUAGAACUAAAUAAAUCAAAAAAGAAAUCUGAGAUGGAAUGUCCAUAAUUAAUAAAAAGCAACAGUUCAUCGUCCUAAAUAAAUGAUGCCUCUGGGCUCAAUCUUGAAAAAUUGCUAGCUGAAGAAAGGAGAAAUAGACUAUUAGUAGAAGAAUAGACUAGCAAAAUAAUAUCAAGUCAGGAAUCUGAAAUUAAAUCAUAUAUUGAGAAAAUAAAAUAAUUAGAAUAGAGAUUGAUCGAAAAGAAUUCUUGGCAAACAUGA